GAUGAGCUGCAUGUUAAGUCAAAGAAGAAAAAGAUGUCGAUUUUGCCAGUCGCAGAGUGAAAAACGGGCAGAGAAAAGAGAAAAGUGCCGUGGCCGUUACAGAAGAAGCCUGCCCCAGUGUGGAUGGUGUUAAAGGUGUCGCAGUGGGUGGUAAAGUGCAUGAAAUAGUGCAAAGGUGAUUCCCAGGGGCGAGUGUGGAUUUUUGCUGUGUUUUGGCUCACAGAGAAAAAGUGUCGUCGUCGCAAAAUGGCGCACCAAAUGCCGUCUGUGAACUGUUCGCUCGACGAUAUUGACUUGAAUGCUCUCAAGGAUCCAGCUGGAAUAUUUGAGUUGAUUGAAGUCGUAGGAAAUGGAACGUACGGCCAAGUUUAUAAGGGCCGUCACACAAAGACUGGCCAAUUGGCCGCAAUUAAGGUGAUGGAUGUGACUGAGGAGGAGGAACAAGAGAUAAAAUUAGAGAUAAAUGUACUGAAAAAGUACUCAAAUCAUCGCAAUAUUGCCACAUACUAUGGGGCCUUUAUUAAAAAAUCACCAGCUGGCAAGGAUGAUCAGCUGUGGCUUGUGAUGGAGUACUGUGGCGCAGGAUCCGUCACAGAUCUCGUCAAAUCCACAAAGGGUCAGAGUCUCAAGGAGGAAUGGAUAGCGUAUAUUUGUCGUGAAAUUUUGCGUGGUUUGAGCUACCUGCAUACGAAUAAAGUGAUACAUAGGGACAUCAAGGGGCAGAAUGUCCUUCUCACGGACAAUGCCGAAGUGAAAUUGGUGGAUUUUGGUGUUUCUGCCCAAUUGGAUCGAACGAUAGGGCGUCGCAAUACAUUUAUCGGUACACCCUAUUGGAUGGCACCAGAGGUGAUUGCCUGCGAUGAGAAUCCGGAUGCAACGUAUGACAAUCGAAGUGAUUUGUGGUCAUUGGGAAUAACAGCAUUGGAAAUGGCUGAAUCACAACCACCACUCUGUGAUUUGCAUCCAAUGCGUGCACUCUUUCUCAUUCCACGAAAUUCACCCCCGCGCUUAAAGUCACGGAAGUGGUCGAAGAAAUUUCAGGGAUUCAUCGAUACAGUUCUUGUGAAAGACUAUCAUCAGCGGCCUUACACAGAGCAACUACUCAAGCAUCCCUUUAUCAAGGAGCAACCAACUGAGCGACAGGUGCGAAUUCAGCUGAAGGAUCAUAUCGACCGAUGCAAGAAGCGCAAGCAGGAGAGUCGUGAGGACUAUCGGUACUCUGGCUCGGACAAUGAUGACGAAGAGCCCCAGACUGCUGGGGAGCCGUCCUCAAUCAUUCAAGCACCCGGCGGUGAUACACUCAGGCGCAAUUUCCAGCAAAUCCAGGAGGGACGCACAAUGGCGCAGGAGCAACAACCGCAACCAAAUCGCAAUCAAAAGCCCCAUCGUGGUGCCGAAAAGCCGGCAAUUGAGGAACCGGGGCCACCGUCACGACCGGCAUUGCCGCAGAGAUUAAUUGUCUCAGAUGGGUCUCAGCAUGCCAAUAGACCGCUCCCGCCGACGCCAAGGAGUUCCGGAUCGUCACAGGCGCAGCAACAGACACCGCAGCAGGCUCAGAGGAAUUCUCAGAAUAUGUUUAAGCCAAUGCUUCCACCACGAAGACCUGAGGAUUUGGACAUGAUUGCGGCACAAUUAAAUGAAUUGGGGGUCUCUCAACAGUCGCAGCAGCAACAAGCUCAACCCGAAGCACCGCCACGGAAUAGUCGUCAGGGGUCAAAUUCAGCAUCAUCUGUGCCAUCGAAGCCAGCACCGGCGCCGCCAAACAAUCAUCAUGCACAAUCAACUGUCAACCCGUUGGAUCCAAUUGAGAGUUCGGAUACAGAUAGUGAGCCAGAGGAGGCAAAUGGUGGGACAAGGAAUGAUGGUACACUCCUAGCUAGUGAUCCACCGAAACCACUUCCUGAAUUUUCAUACAGGCCCGGUUUGAGUGUUCUCUCGGAGGAUUCUGCCGCUCCAGUGCCAAGUCAUGGAUCAGGUGGUCCACCCAAUAGGCCAUUGCCACCCACCCCAGAUGACGAUGAUCAAAAUCAAGGCGAUCGUACGCUAAUUAUGAAGAGGCAGAAUCAGAAGAAGAACAGUGAUGGCCAGGAAAAUGAUGAGAGGGUUUUAUUGCGUGAAUGGGAUAUUGAGAGAUUUUUCCCAGCAUCGCGAACGCUGGAGCAGAGGAAGGGGAAUGGCGGGAGUGGUGUGAGGGAUCGGAUAUCCCUGCAACCGCAGGAGAUGAAAAAAUGCCUCGAUGGCACGAAUGACGCGCCCGGAAAGGUCCCCACGAGCGAUAGGAAUCGCAUGAAGUUGGAGGAUCGGGUGAAAAGUGAAAUUUUUGCCAAUAGCUCACGCGCAAAGCAGGAGGCAAUGGCCAAAAGUAAGAAUACUCCAACACACAAACGUCAGGAUAGUGAUUCAAAGCUCUCCCUGAAUUUUGUUCGUGGCUUCCGGCGUGAGAAUACGGAUUUCUUUCCACUUGCAAAGAGGCAUUCGGCAAUUUUGGGUGAACGUGCUGCCACAGGGCAGAGCCCCAGUGAUCCAAAUAUUGUUCAACGUUCAAGUGGAAUCUUCCAGAGACGCCCAAAAGUGGGGGCUGAACCAAUUCUCACGGACUACCGUGAAUCAUCGCCAGCUUCCACCACCAAAGAUGCCAAGACAAGCACGAAAACACCAUCAAGACCUUUAGAUUUUCUCCGUCCAAGACGGGAGAAAACUGAAUCUGUUAUUGUUAUCCGCAAUUCGGCCACGCGGCAACUUUUAUUUGGCCAGCAGCAGAAUCGUGGUGGUGAAAGUAGCGGAGGUUUAGGGACACCUGGCACACGAACAAGCAGUGUUCUGCCGGAUUUACUGAGCCAAGCUUCACCAGCAACUCCUCCGCGUCACGAUAAAUCACAAAGUGAAGAGUAUCGUGCCGCUGUGAGUUCAAUCCAUUCCACACCCUCAAAAUCCUUCAUUGCCACAAAUUCCUCCCCCCAAUCCACUGUGUCGUCCAUCCAUAAUCACAGUCAGGGCAUACAGCAUAGUCCGAGUCAGUCGAUGGUGCGAAAUCACCAGGGCGGUGGGAAUGUUGGCAUAAGCAAUAGCAAUUCAUCAAAUAAUCUCUCCCCAAACUCCCUGCCGCCGCAUGCGAUUGCCCUGGAGCAGAAGCAACGCAGUUUUCUCACAUUUGGCUUCGGGGCCGGUGGAUCGGGUCCAUCACGGCGUGAGAGUCAUGUCAAUGUGAACGUAACACCCACAUCCCAUGAUGCCGCAAGCGAUACACCCGAAAUUCGCAAGUACAAGAAGCGUUUCAAUUCCGAAAUACUCUGUGCUGCACUCUGGGGUGUUAAUUUGCUCAUUGGAUCGGAGAAUGGGUUAAUGUUGCUCGAUAGAUCCGGUCAGGGGAAGGUCUAUCAACUCAUCUCGAGGCGUCGUUUCCAGCAAAUGGAAGUACUCGAAGGCCAAAAUAUUCUCGUAACAAUUUCCGGAAAGAAGAAUCGUGUUCGAGUCUACUAUCUAUCGUGGUUAAAAUCCAAGAUUCUACGCACUGAUGGUCUCUCCGAUCAAGUUGAGAGGCGCAACGGUUGGAUAAAUGUUGGUGAUUUACAAGGUGCUGUUCAUUUCAAAAUCGUUAAAUACGAACGAAUCAAGUUCUUAGUGAUUGCAUUGAAAGACUCGAUAGAAAUUUAUGCAUGGGCCCCAAAACCAUAUCAUAAGUUCAUGGCAUUUAAGAGUUUUGGGGAACUCCAUCAUCGACCAUUACUUGUGGAUUUAACGAUUGAGGAGUCUUCACGUCUCAAAGUGAUAUAUGGAUCUGCUGAGGGCUUCCAUGCCGUCGAUUUGGAUUCCGCAUCAGUUUAUGACAUUUACCUUCCUAAACAUACUCAGGGUCCAAUAAUUCCGCACUGCAUUGUCACACUUCCCAAUUCCAAUGGAAUGCAACUCCUUCUCUGCUACGAUAAUGAGGGUGUCUAUGUGAAUACCAUUGGGAAGGUUUCGAAGAAUAUUGUUUUACAAUGGGGUGAAAUGCCAACAUCUGUGGCAUACAUUGGAACAGGACAAAUCAUGGGCUGGGGCAACAAAGCAAUUGAAAUUCGAUCAGUCGAAAGUGGACACUUGGACGGUGUUUUUAUGCACAAGAAAGCUCAACGUCUCAAGUUCCUUUGCGAAAGGAAUGACAAAGUGUUCUUUAGUAGUGCCAAAGGUGCUUCAUCGUGUCAAAUUUACUUUAUGACACUGAACAAACCUGGAAUGGCAAAUUGGUGCGCGUAAACUUUUGGCGGAUCAACGUCAAUUUUAAAUAAAAAUUCCCGCGCGAGAAAGUAUCGCACACACAAUAAAAAACCCAUAAAGCAGCCUCAACAAAAUGUAUUUGAAAGAGAAAAAGAAAUCAUUCAAAUAGACUUUAAGAUUUUAAGAUCAAAAAAACAAUUCAGUAGAGAUAUUGCUCAAGUAUUUUAUUUACUGCCAAAACGAACAAAAUUAUAAAUUUGAUUUUUAAAAGAAAUCCAAAAGGGUUCAGUUUGAUGGAUUUUUUGGGUGUUUCUUGGUCAAUUUAAAUGUUUUUUUCUUCAUAAGUCUGUGAAAUUCUUUAACAAAAAAUAUUUUUGUUUAACAGUAAUACAGAGAAACGGUAAGAAAAUAGUCAUAAAAUCGCGAUUUAUUUAUUUUUUUUCUUUGAAAAUAUCGUGAAAAUGUUUUUUUACGAUCAUUUUGAAUAUUCCGAUCAUUUUGCGAUCUAAUUAAAUUGAUAGCUGGAUAUCGUGAAGAUUUCUGAGAAUAUCAUGCCAAAUAUUGCAAGUAUUUUAACCUUUUCACGUCCAUUGGGUUCGUUAGUGUUGAUGCAAACGUGAAACAUUAUUAUUUUGCAAAUUUUAAGAAAGUUGAUUUUUUUUUAAUAAAAAAACAACAAACUUAUGCGAAGAAGAUCAACGAAAACGUUUUGACUGAAAAAUGUUUUUUGAUGGCAUCAAUUGAUGGAAAGUAGGAAUGUUUCAAUGUUUCUAUAAUAACUGAUCUUUCGUGAUCGUAUGAAACAUAAAAAACAUUGAAACAUUUGUUAUUUGUAUCACUUUGUUUUCUUUUGGCUCUAAAAUGUAAAAUUAUCGCAUUUUUGACUUUAGAAAAAUAUUAAAAUUCAUUUGCAUUAAAUAUAUGGAAUGUUUCACAUUUGGGUUAGUGUAUGACCCAGUAAACGUGAAAGGGUUAAGAAUAAAUAUCACUAAAACGUUCCAAUUAAACGAAUGUCUUAAAAUCAUUUAAGAUCAUAGAGAAAAUAUUAUGAGAACAAGUUUAUUUGUUCAUGGAUAUUUUUUUUGUUAAAAAAUGAAAAAUUAAACAAUCAAAAUUGACCAAAAACCAAAAGAAAAUCACUCUAAAUACAUACAAAAUCGAUUUAGAUCGAAAUUAAUUUGUUUCAAUUCCAAGUUAGUUUUAAUUAUUCAAAUAUUUAGCGCAAAAAAAUCGAUUUAAAAAAAAAUAAACAAAAAUUUUUUUUUCUAAAAAAAAAUAAAUUCCUAAAUAAAAAAAGAAAAAAUAUAACUUUUGCACAGUGAAAAGGUAUAAUGUAAAAGUAAAAUACAAAUACAUAAAUCCAUUUAAAUAAACGCGAGUUACUCGUAAGAAAAUGAAAUAAAACGACGCCCAAUUCAGAAUUUAGAAUUGAGAAAAAAAAAGAAGAAAAAUGUGUUUUAUACUGAGGAAAAAAAAUAGCAAAAAAUAUAUAUUGCAUAUUAUGGCUGUUUCGUAUAAUUACGUGACUAAUAGGAAAGGUUUUUGCGAAAAGAAAAUUGGAAGAAGAGAUUAAAUCGCGCAAUGAGCAAAAAAAGGACCCAAAGAACGUCCUACAUUGCUGCUGACUUUUUAUUUGAAAUAAAAAAAAAUGACUUUUCCCCGAAAGAAGACGGAAUUAAUGGAAAUUUAUUUUUUUAUUCUUUUCUCUUAGAAAAUGUAUUUUACCGCAUUUUCCUUAAUUGAAUUUUUUAAUUUUUUAAUUUAUACGAUAUAUAACAUGAAAAAUUAGUCAGUUUUUUUAUUACUUAGUAUUUUGAUGAUAAUAAAAUUUAAAAUUAAAAACAAAUAUAUAUCUAUUAUAUUCAUUUUUUUAGAUGGUAAAUUACGAGAUGAGGUAUGAGGAGAAGAAAAAUACAUACAGUAUAAAAAAAAUAGCGUAUUAUGAUGGUGAAUUUAAUUUAAAAUCAUUUUUUUUAUAAAAUGUUAUGAAUGCAAUACUUGAUGAACAAAAUAAAAGUAUUCAAGGAUA